AUUUUUGUUUUUGUUUUAUUAAAAUUGUUUUUAACAUCUCUUUCUCCAAUUCUCUAAAACCCUAUUUCUCCAGCCAGAACCCGUCUCAGCCGCUGCACUCUCAGCUGCCGUAGUCCCAACCUUCCGACGAAAUCGCCGCCCGCCAUCUCUCUCUAACACUCUCGCCUCUCCGACCGUGACCACAUCCCAAGGUUUUACAUGGGUGUAUCAAUUAAAGAUGCUGACUUCUUAAACGAGGAUACUGUGGAAGAUGAUGAUCUUAGUAGCGAGGAUUCAGAAUUUGAAUCAGAAUCUGAGUCUGGGUCUGAGUCUGAGGAGGAAGAAGAGGACGUGGAGCUAUCUGAACCAUCAAAGAAUGCAAUAUAUAAUGCUGAUGGUCUUCUUGACAAGCUUGGAGAUAUUAGCUGGCCUGAAAACGUGGAAUGGAUACACAAGCUAACUUUUGAUAUUGAUCAAGAAAAAGAGGUGGAUGUGAAUGAUGAUCUAGCUAGAGAGCUUGCAUUCUAUACACAGGCUUUGCAGGGUACAAGAAUGGCCCUUGAGAAGUUUCAAUCUUUAGGACUUCCGUUUCUCAGGCCUUCGGACUAUUACGCAGAGAUGGUGAAGACAGAUACUCACAUGCAAAAAGUGAAAGGUCGGCUGUUAUCCGAACAGAGAAAGAUGGAGGAGGCUGAGGAAAGAAGGAAGGCAAGAGAAGCAAAGAAAUUAGCUAAAGAGAUUCAAGCUCAGAAGCAGAAGGAGAGGGCUAAGCAGAAGAAGGAAGAGAUUGAAUCUGUUAAGAAAUGGAGGAAGCAGAGGCAAAAGAAUAAUUUUGCUGGAGGUGAUAAAGGUGGUGAUAUGGACUUUUCCUUUGAAGAUGGAAAGACAUUUGAGAGGUCGGGAGGUAAGAAGAGGCCGGGGGUGUCUCCUGGCGAUCGUUCAGGAGGGAAGGCAAGACAUGGAGGUGGAGGAGGAGGAAAAGGGAAAAAUCUGAAGAAGAAGAGAGAUUUUAGAGAUUCCAAGUUCGGAUUCGGCGGCAGGAAAAGUUUGAAAAAGCAGAACACUGCUGAGACAACUAAUGAUAUUAGGGGAUUCAACAAUGGCAGUUUAUCAAACAACAAAAGAAGGAAGAAGUCAGAUUAGUGAACUAAUUUAGUUUCAAGUUUAGAGAUGAGGCGGAUACUGUGGUCGACUUUAUAAUUUUGUCUCUAUGUUCUUUUGAGAAUUUCAUUCUGUAUUGUUGUGAGCCUUUGUGAUAAUCCUUGAAGAUGAAAAUUAUAGUUUUGUAUUCCUUUUUUUAAAAAAAAAUCCUAAUUUUGAUAGUUAUUGUUAUUGUGCCA